GUUCAGUCAGUUGUAUGUUGUCAUUGUGUUUAAAAGGUUGUUUAAAUGUGUACUAAGUCACACUUAACGCUACUUGGUUCCGCCGUCCCCGCCCGUGGAGCCUUCCAGAAGUCGCCGACAGACCUGUGCGGCUUGCAGCUAAGCCACACUCCAGGUUUUCAUCGUAGAACUAAUUAUUUUUUCCUUUGAACACUUACUAAGUGUCCCAAUCCCUCGAUCAACAUGUCCGCAUUGGGGACACUGGCGUUCGAUGAGUAUGGGAGGCCUUUCAUCAUCAUUAAAGACCAGGACAAGAAGACACGGCUAUCGGGCAUUGACGCCUUGAAGUCUCAUAUUAUGGCAGCCAAGGCAGUUGCGUCAACUCUUAAAACAUCUUUGGGACCUAAUGGUCUUGACAAGAUGAUGGUUGACAGAGAUGGAGAGGUGACUGUCACUAAUGAUGGAGCCACUAUUCUUAGCAUGAUGGAUGUGGACCACCAGAUUGCCAAGCUUAUGGUGGAGCUCUCCAAGUCCCAGGAUGAUGAGAUUGGUGAUGGAACCACUGGAGUUGUUGUGCUGGCUGGGGCUCUGCUUGAGCAGGCUGAGCAGCUGCUGGACCGUGGAAUCCACCCCAUCAGGAUCUCCGACGGUUAUGACCAAGCCGCAAACAUUGCCAUCGAGCAGCUAGAUAAAAUUGCAGAGACCUUACCCUGUGAUCUCAACAACACAGAACCGCUCAUUGAGACCGCCAUGACAACACUGGGAUCCAAAAUUAUCAACCGUUGCCACAGACAGAUGGCAGAGAUUGCGGUAAAUGCCAUCCUCACUGUGGCUGACAUGGAGAGGAAAGAUGUAGAUUUUGAGCUCAUUAAGAUGGAGGGCAAAGUGGGAGGCAAGCUGGAGGACACACAGCUCAUCAAGGGAGUCAUAGUUGACAAGGAGUUCAGCCACCCUCAGAUGCCCAAGGUUCUGAAGGAUGCUAAAAUUGCUAUCCUUACCUGCCCCUUUGAGCCCCCGAAGCCCAAGACCAAGCAUAAGUUGGAUGUGACCUCUGUGGAAGACUACAAAGCCCUUCAGAAAUAUGAAAAGGAGAAGUUUGAGGAGAUGAUCAAACAGGUCAAAAGCAACGGUGCUAACUUGGCCAUCUGCCAGUGGGGCUUUGAUGAUGAAGCCAACCACCUUCUGUUGCAGAAUGAGCUGCCAGCUAUACGCUGGGUCGGAGGGCCUGAGAUUGAGCUGAUUGCCAUCGCCACAGGAGGGCGCAUUGUGCCAAGGUUCUGUGAGUUGACAUCGGAGAAGCUAGGCACAGCUGGCUUGGUGAAGGAGAUCUCAUUUGGCACUACAAAGGAUCGCAUGUUGGUCAUCCAAGAGUGCAAAAAUACCAGGGCUGUAACUAUUUUCAUCCGUGGAGGAAACAAAAUGAUCAUUGAAGAGGCCAAGCGCGCUCUCCAUGAUGCUCUGUGUGUAAUUCGCAAUCUGGUCAAAGACAACCGUGUCGUGUAUGGAGGAGGAGCUUCAGAGAUUGCAUGUGCUCUGGCUGUCAACCAGGCUGCAGACAAAUGCCCAUCAUUGGAGCAGUAUGCCAUGAGGUCGUUUGCUGAUGCUCUGGAGGUAAUCCCAAUGGCACUGGCUGAGAACAGUGGGCUCAACCCUAUCAAGACCAUGACAGAGGUCAGAGCCAGACAGGUCAAAGAAUCCAACCCCUUCCUUGGCAUUGACUGUCUGCACAAGAACACCAAUGACAUGAAGCAGCAACAUGUGGUCGAGACCCUGAUUGGCAAGAAGCAGCAGAUCUUGCUGGCUACUCAGGUAGUCAAGAUGAUCCUGAAGAUUGACGACAUCCGAAGCCCGGGAGAGAGCGAGGACUGAAGGCCUCCUCGAACACUUGAAGAUUUCUGAGCUGUUCUAGAGGUUUUAGGCACUUCCCCGAGCACCAUGUCCAAACCGCACUGCGUACUGCUAUUUAUCAUUUGAUACAAAAUGUUCAAGCUGUUGUCGUAUCAAAGUCACCAUUAAAAUGUUGGUCAGUUGA